UUCUAUAACGUGAUGGAUUCAUGGUAUUAUCCACCUGGGCGUCAAACUUUAAAAAGUUACUGGCUUCACGCAGCAGGAUCUAAAUCCCCCACACUUCCGGUACAGAAUGAAGAAAAGCGAAACCUGGAGCUCGGAGGCCAUGUGGGCUUUGACCGUCUUCCAGAUCAGCUGGUCAGCAAAUCAGUCGCUCAGGGGUUUUGCUUCAACAUCCUCUGUGUAGGCGAGACAGGGAUAGGCAAGUCAACGCUGAUGAACACUCUUUUCAAUACGACAUUCGAAAACGAGGAAGCCAGCCACUAUGAGAGUGAUGUACAUCUACGCCCACAGACCUACGAUCUGCAGGAGAGUAAUGUCAACCUCAAGCUGACCAUUGUGCACACUGUCGGGUUUGGAGACCAGAUCAACAAGGAGGAAAGCUAUAAACCGAUUCUUGAGUAUAUUGACACCCAGUUUGAAAAGUAUCUGGAGGAAGAGCUGAAAAUAAAGCGUUCCCUGUGCAACUACAACGACACAAGAAUCCACAUUUGCCUGUAUUUCAUCGCUCCCAACGGCCACUCCCUGAAGUCUCUGGAUCUCGUCACAAUGAAGAAACUGGACAGCAAGGUGAACAUCAUCCCUGUCAUUGCAAAGGCUGACACAGUUUCCAGGAGUGAACUGGAUAAAUUGAAGAUCAAGAUAAUGAGCGAGCUGGUCAGCAACGGAGUUCAGAUUUAUCAGUUCCCCACAGAGGAUGAGGCCGUUGCAGAGAUCAACUCCUCCAUGAACACACAUCUUCCCUUUGCUAUGGUUGGAAGUGUAGAAGACGUUAAAGUAGGAAAUAAGAUGGUGAAAGCGAGACUGUACCCCUGGGGAAUAGUACAGGUGGAGAAUGAAAACCACUGUGAUUUUGUGAAGCUGAGGGAGAUGCUGCUGCGUGUGAACAUGGAGGAUCUCCGUGAUCAAACGCAUGCUCGGCACUAUGAACUCUACCGUCGCUGCAAGCUGGAAGAGAUGGGCUUCAAGGACACAGGGCCUGACAGCCAGUCCUUCAGCCUUCAGGAGACAUACGAAGGAAAGAGGAAGGAGUUCAUUGUGGAGCUGCAGCGCAAAGAGGAAGAAAUGAGGCAGAUGUUUGUCAACAAAGUGAAGGAGACAGAAGCAGAGCUGAAAGAAAAGGAAAAAGAGCUUCAUGAGAGGUUCGAGCAGCUCAAGCGGAUGCACCAGGAUGAAAAGAAGAAUCUGGAAGAGAAAAGACGGGAACUAGAAGAAGAGAUGAACGCCUUCAACAGAAGAAAGGUUGCAGCUGAGACACUGAUGGGACAGGCACUGCAGGGCUGCUCACAACAGCCAUUCAAGAAGGACAAGGACAAGAAGAAUUGAAUUAUGGAUCAAACAUCCAGGAAUGUGUCUGCCGUCAGCAUGGGAAAAACAGUCUGUUAUAACUUACUGACACUGUAUGUGUGGACUCAAUGACACAGUGACUGUGCACGUAUGUGAGCCUGAAUAAUGGGGUGGCUCUAAGCCACUGUGUACUUAUGGAUCAAAAAGGUAGCUUUGCUCAGUGUGUUUAAUUUGUUCCUGGUGCUGACUCUGCGGGACACAUGAUAACAAAUCUGUAGACUGUUUUCACAAGAUGUAGCUUGUGUUUUUUCAAUUUCUGCCCAUGAAUGUGUCCAUCUCCUGAAGUCUAUAUUUCUCAGAGACACUGACAACACUUUAUAGAAUCAGGAGACUGAGCCAGAAUUUCUUAUUGUAAUAUAUAAUGUUUAAUAAUGGAUAUAAAAAUACUGAUGGUUGAUCUUUUUAAUUGUUGGUAGUUAGAUCAUUUGAGGUCAGAUAAUUUGGUAGUUAGAUGAUGAGGUAAGAUUAACGUUGUUAUAAAAAUGAAAAUAAUUGAAUUUAUGUACAGUGAGUCUAUUUUGCCUUCAUUUACAUUAAAAUAAAAAAUGUGGAUUGAAAACACAGAGGAUCAGUUUAUCUGUCAGCUGAACUCCAACCCUUUUUAUUUUUUUCAGUCCUCACAUCCCAUCACAUCUGUCAUUUGUAUGAUUCAUAUUUUACCUGCUGUCAUCACCCAAACUUGGUUUUCUGAUCCAUUUGGUUUAUUAACAGUGUUUCUGUCCAAGUGUUUAAUUCAAGCUUCAAUUUUGCUUUUGACUUCAGUCAGUUGUUACAAACAGGAUAAAUAACAAAAAUGCUGAUUUAACUUUAUCAUUUGCACUAAAUCUCACUUGUAAAUCUGC